AUGGGACGGGGACUGCUUGUCAAUAGCGCAUUGGCUAGCGAUGGCUACCAUCUCAUGCCACCUGCAGUAGCGGACGAUUCCAACCCUGUGACACUGUUUUGGCAAAACUUAACCGUUACACCACACCAGAAGGCUCAUUGCCGUCCGCAACCGGUGCUGAAUGAUAUCAGCGGAACGCUGCAACCGGGGACACUGGUCGCACUGAUGGGACCGAGUGGUGCUGGCAAAACUACACUCAUGUCUACCCUGGCCUACCGGAAAUGUGAUAAGAUGACUAUCACGGGUGAUGUGCGCGUGAACGGAUGCCCUCUCGGCCCUUACAUGUACAACAUCAGUGGCUACAUUUAUCAGGACGAGCUAUUGCCGGAAUCGAUCACGGUGCGCGAGCAUCUGGAGCUGAUGGCUAACCUGAAGCUUGGCAAACAAGUGCCAACCGACGAGAAGCGGACGAUGAUCGCGGAGAUACUGUCGAUGACGGGGCUGGAGAAGUGUGCUGGCACACGGUUGGUCGGUGGUGCCGGAAUCGGCAAAACGUUGUCCGGGGGUGAGAAAAAGCGGCUCGCCUUUGGCGUCGAAAUGCUAUCCCGGCCCCGCUUUCUGUUCUGCGAUGAGCCGACGACGGGCUUAGACUCGUACAGUGCACGGCAGUUGGUGGCCAUGAUGAAGGGCUUGACACGCCGCGGUACGACCGUCCUGUGCAGUAUCCACCAACCAGCCGAGGAUCUGUUUCGGGAGUUCGAUAGUGUCAUUCUGCUAACCGGUGGGCGCACCGGGUUCAUUGGUGCACCACAGGAGGCGGUCGAGUUUUUCCGCAUGCAGGGGCUCGAGUGUGACGCAGGCUACAAUACGGCCGAUUUUCUGGUCAAAGCGCUCGCGACGUCGGUGCCGACAAAGGGAAAUAGUUUCACAACCGGUGCACUGUACCCAAACACGAUCUGCAAUUGCUACGAGGCGAGUGAGGCCGCCCAGCGCCAGGAAGCGCUGAUCAGUGCCGAACAGUAUCGGACCGCCACGGGGCGGCAGAACAGUCUGCUACUCAAGCAGCUCGCCACGGACGGUAACCGGUGCUGGUUCUACACACUGCUCUGGCUGGUGUACAGGAACCUGCUCCAAUCACACCGCAAUCCGAAGCUACAGUAUUUCAAAGUCAUCCAGCGCGUCGCGAUAGCGUUGCUAGUCGGGCUUUGUUUCUCGGAUGCCAUCGAGAUGACGCAGAAGGGUAUACAGGCGAUGCAGGGAAUCAUAUUUUUGAUCGUCUCCGAGAACACGUUCCUACCGAUGUAUGCCGCACUCUCGCAUUUCCCCGAAAGCUUUCCACUGUUUCAGCGAGAGAAAAAGGCCAAUCUCUACAGCACGACCCAGUUCUACCUAGCUCACAUCCUAUCGAUGAGCCCUUUCGUCCUGCUGGAAACGUGCGCGUUCAUACUGAUCGUGUACUUCCUGGCGAACCUAAGACCGACGCUGUUGGGACUGUUGGUUACGGUGGUAGUCUCAGUGCUUGUCAUGAACGUUUCCAUCGCCUGCGGGUGCUUCUUUUCCACGCUGUUUCCCUCGAUCGCUUCCGCAAUGUCGUAUUUGGUGCCGUUUGACUAUAUACUCAUGAUCACCUCGGGGAUAUUUAUUAAAAUCUGGUCGAUGCCGACGUAUCUUAGAUGGAUGCCGUUCAUAUCAUGGAUGAUGUUUGCCAGUGAAGCCAUUUCCAUCGCUCAAUGGGACGGAGUAAAGAGCAUUGAAUGUUCCAACAUCAUUCCUAGUGUAUGUCUGCACAACGGUGAACAGGUACUGGAACAGUAUUCCUUCAGCAGCACCCAUCUGCGGACGGAUUUUUUGGCACUAGUGGGCCAGUACUUUAUCUACCACACGCUUGCACUGCUGUGUUUGGCUAAGCGAGUGUCUUCCACCUAACAGAGUAAAACACUUUGUCGAGCAUACGGCACUUGGAUAUUAGAAAAUUUCAGCUAUACCCUAUUGAUAG